AAGAAGCUCUAGCACUUUGGUUUGAUCAGGCUAUAAAACAUAAUCUUACAAUUUCGGGAGAUAUUCUUAAAACAAAAGCUCAAGCAUUAGCUAAAAUUACCAACAUAAAUGAUUUCAAAGAUGAUUAUGAAGCUGAAGAUGGUAUUGAAUUAGAAAUGCAAAGUAUUAUAAAUGAAUAUUAUAGAGAAUUGCAAACAGUUGAGGACUACGUUAACCAAGAAUGCAAUUGUGAAGCUGAAGCAAUGCUCUCAUUAGAAGAAAUCGUUGCUGUUUUAAAUAAAGAAGAAGAAGAGGGGGAGGAAGAAAAUAUUAUUCGUAUUAACACUCAGGAUGCACUACAAGGUUGUAAAGACCUUCUUAUUUAUAUACAACAAGAAGUACAAGGGUUUGUAGUGGAGGGGCAUAUAUUAGAUAGGAAAGAAAAAAGAAUACCAUUCAAAGCUCUUAAAUAUAUGGAAAUAUCAUUUUAUUAA